AUGGCACCAUCAAUCAAUGAUCUUGUUCUAUAUGGUCAAUAUGUCAAUAAGAUAGGAGGUAUUUUUUUAUGGUUUUUUGGUGUAUUUGGAUCUUUGGCAAUUAUAAUUAUUUUCUCAUCAAAAAAAGAACUUCGUCGUACUUCUUCUAGUCAAUAUAUUCUUGUUGCAGCCAUUUGUGAUUUCAUCUUUUUGGCUAUUGCACUUGGUUAUCGUAUUAUGACUGAUGGUUUUCAAGUUCAAGGAAAUAUUGCUUUAUUUUUCUUUAAUCCAGCUGUUUGUAGAAUUCGAAGUUAUAUUACUGGUGUAACUAAUUUCGCUACUUUAUAUACAAAAUGUCUUUGUACUAUUGAUCAAUGGGCAUCAACUUCUCGAUCGAAUAAAAUUCGUCGAUUUAGUUCUAUCAAAUGGGCACAAUUAUUUCUUAUCAUAAAUACAUUUAUAUGGGCACUUAUGCAAGUACCUCAAUUACUUUACAAUGAUAUCAGCACGAAUUCAUCUGGUGUUAUGUCUUGUGUUAGUACAUCAAAAGGUCUCACAUAUGCAUUUGCUUAUUUUCUUCUCCCAGUUCUCUAUUUCUUUAUACCAUUUAUUAUAUUAACCAUCUUUGGCUAUUUAACUUACAGUCAUGUUAAAAAAUUAGGUCAAAAUUCUUCGAAUCAAGGUCGUUUUCAACGUAUAGAACGGCAAUUAACUUCAUUGAUCAUCGCUCAAACAUUAGUCUGUAUGGUUACUUCAUUACCAUAUGGUGUACAAUAUCUGUAUACAGGAAUUACACUUACUCAAGUGAAAGAUCCUUAUCGUCUAGCUUUGGAAACAUUUAUUCAGCAUGUUGUUCGACUCAAUUUAUAUGCUAGUAGUGCUGCUCCAUUUUAUGUUUAUGUUUGUUUAUCGAAUGAAAUUCGACGAAUGGCUGUUGAAUUAAUAUUUUGAUCUGCUGGUUUAUGUUCUGACAACAGCACAAAUAACAGUACAUCAGUUUUUUUGAUUACAUUUGGCUCCAGUACAAAUAAUUAUUCUAAUAGCACACCUUCUAGUUUUAAUUUUACUACAAGCCAUAUACAAGUAAUUAAUACUGCAAUACAAGACGGAUAUUUUGGUUUCGUGAAUGCGGUUCCUAAUCACCAUAAAGUAUGGCAGAUUGGCAAAUUAGAUUAUGCAACGAACGAAAAAAAUGGAUACAUGUUUUUAGUUAAUGUAGCGAAGGAAAAGAAUACUGUAAUUUUCAAUUCUACUAUAAAUGAUCUUUGUAUUGGAUUACGUUAUGAAUUUUCUGCGUACUUAGCAAAUGUGGAUAUACCACCGACUGGCUCUCGACAGAAGCCAAAUGUCCGCUUUGAAGUUCGAGCUGCAACAUUUCAAGUUGGUAUACUAAAGAACUCAUCAACGGGUAAUAUACCUGCAGAAGACUAUAUGCCUUGGAGAAAGUAUGGCGUUACAUUUAUAGCAUCAAAUAAUUCAGUCGUUCUACUUAUUAUCUCAAAUGUUGCAAGCAGUAGCGCGGGCGGAAAUGAUUUAGCCAUUGAUAAUAUUGAAUUACGUGGUUGUUCAAAUAAUUAUUCUAGAUUGUGUCCAUCAGAAGAAACUACGACAUCACAACAUACGUCAUCAGCAGCAACAACAACAACAACUAUUGGGAUGGCUGAACAUUCGACAUCACAACAUAUAUCAUCAUCAUCGACAACAACAACAACGACAACAACAACUAUUGACAUGAAUGAGCCUACGAUAUCACAACAUAUAUCAUCAUCGAUAACAACAACAACAAUAACUACUAUUGACAUGGUAAAACCUUCGACAAAUACGUUGUCUACAUUCGUCUUCAACACUAAUGCUACAACUGCUGCACAAGAAAAAGAAACAACUUCAAUUAAACAAUCAGUGGGAAUACUUCAAACUACAAUAGUAACACAAGUUUUAACUGAAAACUCAGUAUCAAUUUUUGUUCCAAAAUCUUGCAAUGAUUCAUCUUAUAUUGGCGUUGAUUGUAAUAUCCUUAGUGGUCCAUGUGACAUGAUAAAACCAUGUGAGAAUAAUAGUACUUGUAUUAACAAUAAUACUGUAGUUCAUGGAUAUACAUGUUUAUGUUCAUCUGGUUUCAGUGGUAUACAAUGUGAAUUUGAUCAUCGACCUUGUAAAAUACAUACUUGUUUCAAUCAUGGUGUAUGUAAUGAAACAUCAGAUGCAUUAUUUCAUUGUAUAUGUAAUAAUGGAUGGCAAGGUGUUCAUUGUGAAUCAAUGACAAAUUAUUGUUUAAAUAUCACUUGUGAAAAUAGUGCUAUUUGCCGUCGGUUAUUACUUAACUAUACAUGUGAAUGUCUUAGUGAAAAUUAUUACGGUCGUCAUUGUGAAUUUAGUACGACGAAAAUUAUUAUUUAUAAAAUAGUUUCGAAGUCAUUCGCUUAUAUUGCUAUUAUUGCUAUGACAAUUGUUGCAAUGUUUAUUGUAAUAAUGGAUAUAUUAACGUAUUGCUUUGGUAUUGAUCUAACACGUGAAGAACGAGAAAGAUUUCGAAGAGAAAAACGAGGAAGAAAAUGGAAUCGUCCUGUUAAUCAAAAACUUAUAUAUGUUAAUGCACUACCAGAACCAUUAAAAGCACCAAUUCCAACUAUUGAAGACACAACAAUUUAG